AUGAAGUUUUUUAUUGUCUUGUUUGCACUUGCUGCCUUCGCAAUGGCCGAAGCCGGUCCAGAUCUGGAAGCGAGAGCUGGGUGCUCCAUGAAGGGACAAUUCUGCGUUAACGGUGGCACAUUCAGGUGCUGCGAGGGACAAGGAAGCUGUAUUGCACAACGGAUAUGGUCAAGCAUGAUAGCAGAAGGCUAA